AGAGAGAGAGAGAGAGAGGAAUGAUACAAGCAUCCAAAAAGUCAUACAAAGAGACCUUCAAAAGUCAUCACCUUAAUUUCCUAACACAUAUAUGUGUGUGUGUCUUGAUUGAUCCUUUCUUGUCAAAGAACAGGAACCACACCGAAAACAACAAACAACAACAACCCCAAACCAGCCAAAUCGCUAGGGAACAAGAUGACAUCAAACACCAAAAGCUCUGAAAAUUCCAAGAAUUUCCCAUCUAACAUUUGCAAAACCAUCAAGAAAGAAGGAGUUAAGGAUAACAACCAAGAAGAAGAAGAGGAGGCAGAACCUAAAGAAGAUCACCAAAGCUCAUCAAGCAAUAAUAGCUAUGUGGAAGAAUGUUCGAGUCAUCGUCUUAAGAUCAAGAAAUUCGGUGGAUCCGUGAGGCCGUACAACCGGUCAAAGACCCCAAGGUUGCGGUGGACCCCCGAGCUCCAUCUCAGCUUUGUUCAUGCCGUGGAGAGAUUGGGAGGCCAAGAUAGGGCAACACCAAAGUUGGUUCUUCAACUGAUGAACAUCAAGGGACUUAGCAUAGCCCAAGUCAAGAGCCAUCUUCAGAUGUAUAGAAGCAAGAAGAGCGAUGAACAUAAUCAAGGACAACAAGGAUUUUCCUUUGAAACCGGAACUGGCUAUACUUGCAACCUUACCCAAGUUCCAAUGUUACAAAGUUUUGAUCAAAGGACUUCUACUAGUCUAGGAUACGGUGACACAUCUUGGUGGUCCGACCAUAGACCGAAGAUCUACGGUAACCGCUGGAGAGGACUAACCUCGAGGGACAACGCAAGGUCAGGACAGGCAUUUCAUGGAAGCAGUAAUAUCGGUGAUAGGACCAACAAAACUAUUUCGUUUCGGUUUGAAUCUUGCGCAACUAAUAAGAAUAAGGGUUUUAAUUCAAACAAUGGAGAAGCAGAAGCCGAUCACAGAAGCCGUAGAAGCAUUCUCGAAGAUCUGAGGACGUUUAACGAAUCGUGGGUAAGGUGCGUAUCCGAUCCAUUGUUCACCACAUAUGAUCCAGACCAAGCGGCCGAAGGAUCAAGAAACAUUCUGAAGAGAAAAAGAUUUUUUCCUUCGGAGGAUUAUGACCAGAAAUCGUACCAAGGUUUGGAUCUAAGCUUAUCCCUUAAGGUAAGCCCUCAGACCGACGCGAGAACCGGACGAGGAUGCUUACUAGAUCACGGCCAAGAACAUGAACAAGAUCGUCAAGACUGCAAGAGUUUGUCUCUUUCGUUAUCUUCUUCCUGUUCGUCAAAACUCGGUCUGUCCAUGACGACGGAGGAAGAUGAUAAGAGAAAGGUUUCGGUUUCGGCAAGUACCCUUGAUCUCACUUUGUGAAUAUAAAUAUAUAUAUAUAUACACACAUUCAUAUAUAUACGUAUUCUAAGUGAGAUCUUGAGGUACUUGUUGAUGGAAACUAAGAGAGCUUUAUAUUGUAUAAUUCAUUGCAUACUGUGACAAGUCGACCAAUAAGGUAACAAGUUAAUUACUCUAGCGACAUUUUUCACGUAAAUAAAAAUAUUAUCUUUUUUCCUCGUUAA